AUGGCGGCCAUCACUGCCAAUUCAAUGGCUCAUCAGAUACCUCCAAUGUCCAUCCCUGCCAUGCCACGAAUACGGCCUCCUAGAAUGUUAAAGGGCGACCCCCAUCCGAAUCAAGCUCUCCCGCCCUCCGUCGCACCCACAAACGCAAGCAUAAAAUGGGUUCAGGGCAAAUGGCGAGCAGGAGGAUCCAAUGCGGUCAAGAAUAAGUCAGCCACGCAAGACAUCCAAGUCACAAAGGCUCUUCGGCAUCAGACGCAUGGUCUAGACAUCUAUGCCUACCGCCAUAUUCGAACUAAUCAAGUUGUGUACAGCUUGACGAGGACUCUGCAGGAAACCAAAAUCCUCAAGCAACUCCUUUUCCAUGGCAAAAAGACUGUACCUGCAUCGGUACGCCAGGAUAUGUGGACGCCAUACUUUUCCAUACAUUUCCCUCCAACUGCUGCCGGAGCGUUAGAAGGUCUUUUUGCUUUCCAGAAACUCCGCGAGCUUUCGAUGCAAAGACAGCUAUCACCACCCGAGGACUUGAUCAAAGCUACACAAGAGGACAUAGAUAUUGUGAAAUCGAAGCUAGGGUCUCCCGUGACCCUUCAGGAAAUGGCUGUCCGUGAUGAGCUCGUGAAGAAGAUCCCCAAGCUCGACGAAAUCCUACCGAAGAAGCUACGAGCACGAAAAUUGAUGGACCAGAAAGCCACCAGUGUUGCUGAUGCUGCAUUUGUGCUUGACUGGAUAUCUUCCGGACCUAACCCAUGGGCAAAAGUGACCAUGGUAGAAACCAAUCGGUUGAUAUACGCCACGGAAAUGACAAACCGAGCACGACGACGCAUAAACAAGAUCCGCAAAGAACUUGAGAGGAAGGUGGCAGAGAUUCGAAAACGUGCCGCGCUGGCUCUCCAGGAUAUUCCUGACUACGAGCGGGCCCUCCUGCCUCUCACACGCAAUGCAAUUCAGCAGCUCAGUAUGGAGCACCAUGGCGUAGUUCGAGGGAGCAAACUUGACAACGAUUUAAAGAGGUGGAAAGACUAUGACUCUGUGCAGUUACGAGAGGAACUGAAACAGCAAAACUUUGAUGUCUUCAGGGAACGCCAACAAACCGUUAAGGCAGCGGAGCAGGAAGCUAUGAAAGAAUGGUUCAACCACAACAACGUCCCAAUUACGGAAACGGGAUCGGUCUGGGAAGAAGUCUCCGCAGCUAGAAAAUCAGCUCUGAGGGCGUUUGACGCCCAAGAUUUGCAAAAUCCCCCUUCGAAACCUGAUUGGGCCGACGAACCCCGUGAGAUCAAGAUGUACUGGGCGGACUUGAAUGACGGACUCUUCGCGCCCGCUUGGCCUCGAAACGUCGUGCACGGCGCUCUAGCACCUUUUGGCUUAGCGAAGGCUUGGAAGACAAAACUUGGACUCGAUGAUGAGGGCGAAUUCCAGAAGGGGAAGCCGCAGCAGCAAUACCAAGCUGUUGUGUCCAAGAGCGUGCAUGUUAUGGGCAGUGGGAUAAAUGAUGGGUGGAUGCCCGAGGGGAUGGCAGAUGGACACACACAACCCCCAAUAUGGGAAGAAACGCCACUGAAAGAAGGUGAAGAGGGGAUGGCGGAGUAUCAAACUGAACGAGCGGAGACGCAGGAGGUUGGAGCUGUCUCGCCGGAAGAGAAAGGUGCGCACAAGGGGCCGAUGAGGGAGUAUGAAGAUGGAGAUGUGGUGUUUGAAGCUAGGCCUAGGGGUUUUUGGGGUCGGGUAAGAGGGCUUUUUGGUCGAUGA